AUGGAAGCAACCACCCCUAAAAGCAAUCCAGGAAACUCAUCAUCCACCUCAGCGAUGCCACCUGCCGAAGUUGCAGGGGCCAGCCCUACAAGCAAGCCAGUAAACUCAUCGUCCAACCCUGUGAUACCAUCCACCACAGCUGUAGGGACCACCACUGCAAGCAAACAGGGAAACCCACAAUCCGGACCUGCGACAUCACCUGACGCAGUUCAAAGGAACGCCACCACGAAGAACCUGGGAACAUCACCACCUGCCUCCACAACAUCGUCCCACCUGUCUCAGCAGGUGAACUCUUCAGCCAGCUCUGCAGCCUCAACAGCUACCCCUGCUAAAACCUCCAGCACGGCCCAGCAGAAGAUCGGCCCUCCAGACAGUUCAGGAAGCUUGGCAGCCACCACUACUGUAAAACCCAGCCCCACUCAUGCCAGCAGCUCUCCAGGCACCACACGACAUUUGGGGACUAAUGUCACACACUCUCCCAGCGUGAAAGCUCAGACAAGCCAGUCUUCUGACAAGUUGAACAGCACUGCAGCAAGCCCCAGAGUCCCCACGAGCAGCCUUUCCCCUGGGCUCAGUGGCUAUGGUGUCUCUUCUCCUACAGCUGUCACCAAGCAGCCUCACACUUCUCCCAGUUCUCCAGUCCAGAGAUUGGCCUCUUCCACCAGCCCUGGAAGCAUCAGCACUGUUUCCACUUUAGAAGGAUCUGACACCACCACCACUAGUGGCAGCAGCAACAAGGUCCCAGAGGCACCCACCACACCCACUCUUACACCAGGUACCAGAAGAUGA